CUGAGCAAGGAAGUCACGGGGGAUAACGCAAACUGUGGUUCGGAUCUUCCUAAUUCCUUAGAGGGUGACCUGAAGCUUGGGGAUUAUCACAAGUACAUGAGCACACACUACGGGCUUGACAAAACGCUGAUUUUGGAGCUUACUCUAGACGUCUUGGAAUAUAACAAUGUUUCAAGCUCUCCAAAUAGAAAUAACUGGCUCUCGCUGGCUGUUAAGUCAGACGGUGAGGCAGUAGGCAAAUGGACUGCAGUGUACGAUCAAGGCUUUAAAAUUGAUUUACAUGAAGGCACAACCAUUCUGACCUAUUUCUAUUUCGAGGAGAUCGAGGACAAGAGAUAUGCUACCAACACUAACAAGAGUUCUAUCGGAUGGGCCAGCAAGAAAGUCGGAAAUGGCUUUAGGCAUUUCUGCUCCUACGCUGAAAGGGUUAACCCGCCCAAAAAUCAGGUGUUCAACACCGUGGACUUGACGGAGAACGGUUUCGAAAAGUUCGGCAGGGAAGUGGUCAGAAUAAUGACAAACGGUUCCAAAAGGUUCAGACCAGUGGGCGGAAAGGAGUGGAGUGAGUCGGAGAACAACUACUUUUGCAAGUGCCCGAACAGGCGCGCCUCGAGCACGCCCGGGGAGAAACUACCCAAGAAUUUUAGCUGGGACAGGUUCGAUAACAUCCCAUUGGUGGACCAGAAGAAGUGCGGAGGCUGCUACACCAUAGCCUCGCUCUUCGUCCUGCAGAGCAGGUUCAUGAUCGCCGUCGGGAAGCUGUUGCAUAACCCAAACCAGGAGAAGGACGCGAGGCUGUUGCACCUGGAAAAGCUGUUGAACGACAACAAGUUCGACAUCAACCAGUCGCUGAGCUGCACACCCUUCAACCAGGGGUGCUCCGGCGGAUAUCCGCUCAACACGGGCAUGUACGCGAACCUGUACGGCCUCGUGCUGAACGGCGACAGCGUGGACGAUAUCAGGGAUAACGUCCGCUGCUCCUCCAGCGAGGACACCGUGAGGCUGUACGCAAGGGACUACGACUACGUCGGCGGCUGCUACGAGUGCACUCAGUGCUCCGGGGAGGAGCUGAUCAUGCGGGAGAUUUACGAAAACGGGCCCGUGGUGGCCGGCUUGGACGGAGGCUACAUCAGGCACUACAGGGACGGCGUAGUGGACCCUCCGGAGACUGAGCUGAGAACCCACCAGGGAAUGUGCGAAUUUCCCACCAACCAGUUUUUGAGUGGCUUUGAGUACACUACCCACGCAGUGGCCAUCAUAGGCUGGGGAGAGUCAGACGGCUUCAAGUACUGGCUCGUUCGCAACAGCUGGGGAAAGGACUGGGGAGACAAGGGGUUUUUCAAGCUCACCAGGGGCAGGAACGCCUUCGGGGUUGAGUCCGAGGCCGUGUUCCUGGACCCUGACCUCGACAGGUUCCUAAACAACACAAAGGACCAGCCCAUAAGCAACCACAAGUCCAACUCCUUGUAG